UAGAAAUAAAAUAAAAUUUUGCCACACCAUAUUAAUAAUUUUGCAAGAAUUGCCAAAUUUGAUGCAGAAUUAGUUAACAGGACUGAAAUAUAAAGAUUUAGGUACAAAUGUCAGAAUUCAAACAUUGCACGUGAUAAACAUUGCAUUGUUGGUUAACUUUGCUGCCAUGGAUGUUUUCAACAAAAUCAAGAGCACUUUGACUAGCACUGUCAGCGAAAUAGCAGCAGCUCUGCCAGGCAAUCCAUUACUUCGAGAAUAUGAUAUUGGAGAUCAAGUUGCAAGUGCUGGACCUGAUUAUUUAUGGAAAAUUUAUGAAGGUACAAAGAAAUCUACUAAGGCAGCAGUUUCAAUCUUCGUGUUGGAGAAACGUCAGGUGGAUCAGUAUCCUAGAGGAAGUCGAGAGUUAAUAUUAGAGGCAGUUCGAAAAGGAGUUAUCCAGCUAACUAAAUUACGCCAUCCUCGGAUUUUGACUGUUGAGCAUGCUGUCGAGGAAUCAAGAGACAGUCUUGUUUUCUGUACUGAACCUGUUUUUGCAAGUUUGGGUAAUGUUCUUGGCAACAAGCAAAAUAUUGCUGAAAUUCCUACACCUCUGAGAUCCUUUCACUUACAUGAUGUUGAAAUAAAAUAUGGAAUUUUACAGAUCUCCGAAGGUUUAAGUUUUCUUCACUCCAGUGCUAAAAUGUUACAUGGAAAUUUAUGCCCAGAGUCCAUUAUAAUUAACAAACAAGGAGUCUGGAAACUGGCUGGAUUUGACUUCUGUUUGCACAAUGUCAAUCAAACUGGUGAGGCAAAGUUCACUUGCCGUGACUGGGACACCACUCUUGCAUCUGCUGCGCAACCAAACUGCAAAUACCUUGCUCCUGAAAUCAUUCUGGAAAAGAGAUGUGACUUUUGCAGUGAUUUAUUUUCACUUGGUGCUCUACUUUAUUCUAUAUAUUAUUCUGGAAAACCAUUAAUUGAAUGCACCCAUACUGAUGUGUAUAGAGUGAUGUCAAGGUCGGUUGACAAGUUGAGGAAUUUGUCAUCAUAUGAAUUAGACAAAGUUCCAAACGAAGUUGUUGAACACGAAAGAAUGUUAAUUCAUCCAGAUUCUUCAAUUAGACCGGAUGCUGAUCAAAUGGAAAAACUUCCAUAUUUUGAAGACAUUGGAGUCGUUACGUUACAGUAUCUAGAUAAUAUUCUACAGAGAGAUAACUUACAAAAAUCUCAAUUUUUUAAAGGAUUGGCUCAAGUGUUGCCAAAAUUACCCAAAAGAGUUAUCAUUCAACGAAUCUUACCCAGUUUAUGUGCAGAAUUUGCAAACUCUGAUAUGCUGCCAUUUGUGCUUCCGAAUGUACUGGCCAUUGCUGAAGAUUGUGAUGAAAAGGAAUUUAGAACAUUAGUGUUUCCUGCACUUCUUCCUAUUUUUAAAGUUCAAUCUCCUAUACAGGUCCUUCUAAUUUUUCUUCAAAAAAUGGAUUUAUUGUUGAAGAAAACUUCAAAGGAAAUGGCUCAAGCACAUUUAUUACCAAUGAUAUGCAAUGCACUUGCUGCUCCGUCAAUUCAAGUCCAAGAACUCUGUCUUUCGAUCAUUCCAACAUUCGCUCGAUUACUUGACAUGCCAUCUAUGAAAAAUAGCAUCAUACCGAAAAUUAAAAAAUUAAUAUGGGAGGGUGGAACUGUGUCGGUACGCAUCAAUGGCCUUGUUUGUACAGGCAAACUUCUACCUAUGUUAGACAAGUGGUUUAUAUACGAUCAAAUAUUUCCGAUCCUUUUUCACAUUAAAUCUCGGGAACCAGGAAUUUUAAUGGCAUUACUCGGAGUAUUUCAAACAACAUACAGUCACAAGAAAUUAGGUAUUACAAAAGACAUUCUUGCUACCAAGGUUAUACCAUAUCUACUACCAAUGACUGUUGAAAAUAACUUAAAUCUACAACAAUUUACUACAUUUAUUACUGUCAUAAAGGAGAUGUUACAAAGAGUAGAAAACGAUCAAAAAUCAAAACUGGAACAGCUGAGUCAAAUGAAAGUUGUUGAAAGCACGGAAGCAUUCAAUAAAUUAACAAGGAACGAACAACAAACCAAUAUGUCAAAUGGAGCAAAAACUGAAUUGGCCAGCAAUGGAAGUUUUCUCAAAUCACAAAAUACGGAAAUGACAAGACAACAUUUGACAUUAGAAGAAAAACAAAGACUCGCAAAAACGAAAGAACAAGAAUACAGAAUGAAGCAACAGGGGGAAUUAAAACCAAUUCAAUCUUAUAAACAGCAAAAUACUAUUUCAAAUACGAAGCCUAAAGAUUUAACAUCAACUUUGAAGCAGAACAACCGGAGUAUGAUAAAUAGUAGUAAAACCAAUAAUGUGAUGUCAUCAGCUAGUACAAUGAACAAUAUGUCAAUGGGUUCAGCAAGAAGUACAUCUAUGAACAAAACCUCUAUACACUCUGCUCCGAUGAUACCGCAACAACCUAGUUCAGAUCGCCCAAGUUAUAUGAGUAAUUCAUUAUCUCAACCUGGCUUAUCAUCAUAUGGUGGUUCGAUGGCACCUAUAAUGCCUCAGUCAUCUAGUGUGAUAGGUAACUCUGGAUUGCCCAUACAGUCAUGGAACACUGGGUCAAGUAGUGGUAACUUCGGAAAUGGCAUGGGCCAAAAGUCAUCUUUGGAUAAUCUAUUAUCAAUGCCUUCUUAUGCGCAAAGUCAACCAAUGCAAAACAUGCAAAGUCACAUUCGCCCACAGUAUGGUAUACAGAGACCAGUGUCACAUAUGCAACCUGCCAUGGGUUUUCCUGCCCCUGUUCAACAAAAUGCUUUUGAUAUUGGUAACCCUUUCGCGACGCCAUCCCCUCUGGCUCAAGGGAGUAGUUCUCAGCCAUCUGGCGCUAAUUUAAGUAAGCAAGAUUUGCUUGAUUUCCUUGGUUGAAUCUAUGUAUGUCUUAACUUUUUUUUCAAUAUCAUUUAUCCUAGAAUUUGGAAGGACCUGUUUCCAUCCAAUGUAUUUCUCAAAGCAAUUUUGCAACUUAUAUUUGGAAGUUACUUGAAAAGGACCCGCUGUGGUCCCAAAAGAUACAUUAGCAUUGUGACAUUAGAAAUAGUAAAGUUAGGUUGCAUGAUUUUCGAUUGUAUCCAUCCAACCGAGAUAUUCAUGCAUAGAAUGGUUACUUUAGAGGUCUAGUACCAGUGGGUUCCAUUUACUGCUUUUAAAUACCAUACCAUGUCAAAUUUUAAAUUUAUAAAUUUGAAUUAUAUUGGUGCUAAAAUUAAAUCUUUACAUUUACAUGUUUAUCAAAAAUCACUGACAUCUUUCUGAUUUCCUAUUUAUUAUAUAGUUUUUUUUUUAUGUAUGCAUUUAUUUCCAAUAUCUUAUAUAUUUUUAAUGUUGCUGCUUGAACUGAUACAUCAUCAAAAUUCUGCUCAGCUUAA